GAUUACAGCGUACCCCCGCCUUCGAAGCCAGUGAAACCCCUUCCCAUCGAACCUCCGGAGCCUUCGCAAUUACCGUUCACGCAAGAAACUCUCGGCCGUCGACCCGAAUCCCCGGCCUCCACGUCACAGACAGAUAAAUGUAUUGCCCUUCCAACCGCACCGACCCUCUCAAGGCCCUGCCCCUCCUCGCGGAAAAAAGACAGACAUAACUACGCCGAGUUAUCCUUUAAUAAUCUCCAGGCCGUCGAGCCACGGACGCCUGCCUCUGCCACAGGCACUUGUGACUCUUCCUCAUUACUUGCUCACAUCCCUCCACCCAUGCCUCUCCUUAAUCCCCUGAACUUUUCAAAACUGCAGUCUGUGCUUUCAUGCGAAUCCGAGAGUCGGGAAACGGCGCCCAGUGGGACUCAGAUCUUGCACAAUAAUUUCACUAUAAAUCAGCUCUACGAUAUGGACUUGAGUUCAUGCUCAACGGCCUACGAGUCCAUUGUUGAUUUGGCCUCCAAGACGGGUGACACGGCUGACACGACGAAGCCCAAGCCAGACAGCCUUCUUACUUCCAGAAAAGUUUACGAGGACGCCGAGGCCUUGUAUCGCUACCUAUCUCACAUAAAAACCCGAGCAGAGGCCACCGAAAAUGCCCCUACGUCUACUGACCCGGAAAAAGAUGGCGAGAAGAGCAAAGAUUGUGUGGCUCAUAAACCCUCCUCCGCUUCAUCCCCAUCAAAAGAUUAA